AUGGCUGAAGACAACUGUUCCUUGGCAUCUGAUCCAGAGUCUCGUUUCAAGCUCAUUUUCCUCACACCUAAAAGUUCGACGCAAGAUAUUCUGCAAUAUCUUCUGAAGAAAUUUCCUCGAGAGCUAGGCAGCAUCAGUCCACAAAAACACAGCGCCUUCAUUACCUCGGGAAUGGAUCAAUAUACGCCCGGUCCAGAAGCAAAUCCAACUAUCGGGGCGCCUGGUGUUGAGGAGCGCGUAGACGAGAAUAAAGUGGAGAUGGUUGUCAAUGGGGGUGUAGAAGUGCUCAGGCGUGCAGUCAAUGAGCUGAAAUUGGUACAUCCGUAUGAGGAAGUGGGUUAUGAAGUAUAUCGCUUGGAAUGUACCUCGUAG